GGGUGGAGGCCCGCGCAGAGCCGAGGCGUGGGCCGGCUGCCUGGGGAGGCUGGCGGCGAGAAGGGCCUUCACUCCCCGGGCCGGAGGCUGACUGCCCUGACCGGCGUCCUAGGGAAUGAGGAUGUGAGGGAGUGUGCGGAAGAGGAGGGCAGUUCUGUGUGGGAGCUGCGGGGAAACCUCUGGGGAGUGUCCCUCCUGCAGAGCGCGAGUUUUGGGAAUUGUGAUCCUGGGUUCGAGUUGCGACCUGCCUCCAGCCAUGAGGCCUCGAGAGAGAGUUACGAACCACUGAUCCUCGAGUUCCACACCUGAAACACGGGACAGUGGUCACCCGUGCCUGUCUCUCAGCGCCGGCUAGGAUCAGGUCUGAGGACGAGCUUCACGAGUUGGGUGUUUGGUGCAGAUCUCGGUUGUUUGCAGGAUAUUGAAUAAUAUAAUACAUUUAAGAAAAAAUGGAUGAAGAACCUGAAAAAACUAAGCGAUGGGAAGGAGGCUAUGAAAGAACAUGGGAGAUUCUUAAAGAAGAUGAGUCAGGAUCACUUAAAGCUACAAUAGAAGACAUUCUCUUCAAAGCAAAGAGAAAAAGAGUAUUUGAGCACCAUGGACAAGUUCGACUUGGAAUGAUGCGCCAUCUUUAUGUGGUAGUAGAUGGAUCAAGAACAAUGGAAGACCAAGAUUUAAAGCCGAAUAGACUGACGUGUACUUUAAAGUUGUUGGAAUACUUCGUAGAGGAAUAUUUUGAUCAAAAUCCUAUUAGUCAGAUUGGAAUUAUUGUGACAAAGAGUAAAAGAGCUGAAAAACUGACAGAACUCUCAGGAAACCCUAGAAAACACAUAACGUCUUUGAAGAAAGCUGUAGAUAUGACCUGCCAUGGAGAGCCAUCUCUUUAUAACUCCUUAAACAUGGCUAUGCAAACUCUAAAACACAUGCCUGGGCAUACAAGUAGAGAAGUCCUAGUCAUCUUUAGCAGCCUCACAACUUGUGAUCCAUCUAAUAUCUAUGACCUAAUCAAGACCCUAAAGACAGCUAAAAUUAGAGUGUCUGUUAUUGGAUUGUCUGCAGAGGUUCGGGUUUGCACUGUACUUGCUCGUGAAACUGGCGGCACAUACCAUGUUAUUUUAGAUGAAAGCCAUUACAAAGAAUUGCUAACACAUCAUGUUAGUCCUCCUCCUGCUAGCUCGAGUUCGGAGUGCUCACUGAUUCGUAUGGGAUUUCCUCAGCAUACCGUUGCUUCUCUGUCUGAUCAAGAUGCAAAGCCCUCUUUCAGCAUGGUGCAUUUGGAUAGCAAUACUGAGCCAGGACUUACAUUAGGAGGCUAUUUCUGCCCACAAUGUCGGGCAAAGUAUUGUGAGCUUCCUGUUGAAUGUAAAAUCUGUGGUCUUACUUUGGUGUCUGCUCCCCAUUUGGCACGGUCUUAUCAUCAUUUAUUUCCUUUGGAUGCUUUUCAAGAAAUUCCCCUAGAAGAACAUAAUGGCGAAAGAUUUUGUUACGGAUGUCAGGGGGAAUUGAAAGACCAACAUGUCUAUCAUUGCACUGUGUGCCAAAAUGUUUUCUGUGUGGACUGUGAUGUUUUUGUUCAUGACUCUCUCCAUUGUUGUCCUGGCUGUAUUCAUAAUAUUCCAACUCCUUCAGGUAUUUGAUUCCAGCAUAUAGUACACAUUGUAUGUGUUAAAAAGAAACUUGCAACUGUAAACAAAAUGAUUCUUUAGAAGAAGCUCCAAUUAAAACAUGAAAAGCAGUUCAAAAGGAAAAUCUUACUUAAAAAACUUUUUUGCUAAGAAAAUGUAAUAUUUUAUUAAAUUUUAAAAUUUGUGUCCUGCCACAGAAAUCCCUGGAAUUCAAUAGUAGUUCUUUUAGUUAAUCUUGUUUUCUAUUAUUUUGAGUUAUAAUGUUUUCUUUUUUUAAAAUAAUUCUUUAUUGGUGAAAGUAUUAAAUAUGUCCUCUCCCCCCCAUUGAGUUACAUUAUUAUAUUUAUAAUUUAUAAUUUUCAGUGAUUUAGUUUUAUUGAUUUUUAGUAUAAAAAGAAAUUAAGUAUAAGUGUUAAUUCAAUGUAAGAUAAAAAUUAAUCAGCCCUGGCCGGUUUGGCUCAGUGGCUAGAGCGUCGGCCUGCGGACUGGGGGGUCCCAGGUUCGAUUCUGGUCAAGGGCAUGUACCCUGGUUGUGGGCACAUCCCCAGUGGGAGGUGUGUGGGAGGCAGCUGAUCGAUGUUUCUAACUCUCUAUCCCUCUCCCUUCCUCUCUGUA